AUGUCUGUGACCAGCUCGAGUCAAACUGCAGCGCAACAGGCGAUUACGGCUUCAGCAAGACUCGUUGGCGGAGAUACGGCAGCAAGUGCGAUUGAAACUGGCGAGCUCCCUUCCACGCCGCAGACAGACACUCACAGCACUCGAAGCUCUGCUGAGAAUCCCGCUUGGUGGCCGACAGACCACCGCCACAUACCCAGCUACUUACCCGUUCGGUACCACCCAGAGUGGCACGCACUUUCGGGGGGUAGCAGAGCGGCAGACUUGUUCAUUAUUGUACUAUUCAAAGGUUGUGGAUACAUAGCGAUGGUCGAUGCCAUCAAGAGAAAACUCGGCUUCGGCAACAGCUUCAAAAUUUCUGGGGAAUGGUAG